AUUUUAACCUAUAAUAUUAUAUCAAGAGUUAAACACUGUGUUGUCUUCGUGUUCGGUGUGUUGCAGUUCUUCUCUUGAAAUUGUAUUUCGUGUGCUGUUUCUCAUUUCAGUUUCUUCGUUUUAAGAAGAAAUAAUGACUACCAGCAAGAAGAAGACUAGGAAGUUGCGAGGACAUGUAAGUCAUGGUCACGGUCGUGUAGGUAAACAUAGGAAACAUCCUGGAGGUAGAGGUAAUGCUGGUGGUAUGCAUCAUCACAGAAUAAACUUCGACAAGUACCAUCCUGGGUAUUUUGGAAAGUUGGGUAUGCGUAACUAUCAUUUGAGAAGAAAUUCCAAAUGGUGUCCUGCCAUUAAUCUAGAGCAACUUUACACACUGGUACCAGAAAAGACAAGACGAAAGUAUGAAAAUGACAAAGAAAAAGCAGUUGUUAUCGAUGUUGUUCAAAAGGGUUAUUACAAAGUUUUGGGCAAGGGAAGUCUUCCCAAGCAACCACUUAUCGUGAAAGCGAAAUUCUUUUCAAAGGUUGCUGAACAGAAAAUCAAGAAAGUUGGUGGUGCCUGUGUACUUCAAGCUUAACACUUGUAUAUGUAUGAAUGACCAUAAUUAUAUUGUUUAAAUAUAAUAAAAACAAUUGCUUUUUUUUUAAAAACAAA